UGGCCGACGGAGAUUUGGGUUGGGACGCAUCCAUCCAGUCCUCGGUGUCCAGUGGGCGCUGUGAAUGCGAAAGGAGCGGACCCGCCUCCUCGGACCGGAGAGGUGUCUGUUAAGUUUCUGGACUCCUCCAAGUACCGGAUCUCGACCUGUGAAGCGGGGUCCCUGGAGGGGACCAAGCGCCCCCUCCUGGGAACUGUUGGCCUGGUCAUAGGGGCCUCUUAGUACUAACGCCUGGCUUUCUGGGGGUACCUGGGCGUCGGGAACCUCGGCUUCUCCUAUGAUCGCAGCCUCCUUUAGUGUCCUAUGUCCCUUGUUCGGGCUCAUGGAGACGUUGCGACCACCACGGUGGUGCCUUUGUCUGAAGAAGGGGAAGUGACGACCGGCCUCCAAGCUCUGGCCGUGGAGGAUACCGGAGGCCCCUCUGCUUCGACCAACAAAGCCGAAGACGAGGGGGAAGGAGGCCGGGAGGAGGCUGGGACUGAGGGGACCCGGGCCGAGGAAGCGCAGGGAGAGGCCCCCCGCGAGGACGGGGAAGAGCUUGCCCAGGGGGAGGCCGAGGACUGGUGCGUGCCCUGCAGCGAUGACGAGGUGGAGCUGGCCGCCGACGGCCAGUCCUGGAUGCCCCCUCCCUCGGAAAUCCAGCGGCUCUAUGAGCUGCUGGCCACCCACGGAACCCUGGAGCUUCAGGCCGAGAUCCUGCCCCGGCGGCCCCCCACUCCAGAUGCCCCAAGUGAGGAGGAACGAUCCGAUGAAGAGCCAGAGGCCAAAGAAGAGGAGGAGGAGAAGCCUCACAUGCCCACCGAGUUUGAUUUUGAUGAUGAGCCAGUGACACCAAAGGACACCCUGAUUGACCGAAGACGCACCCCAGGAAGCUCAGCUCGGAGCCAGAAACGGGAGGCCCGCUUGGACAAGGUCCUUUCAGACAUGAAGAGACAUAAGAAACUGGAGGAGCAGAUUCUUCGGACUGGCAGGGACCUCUUCAGCCUAGACUCGGAGGACCCCAACUCCUCCAGCCCCCCACUCCGAUCCUCAGGGAGCAGUCUCUUCCCCCGGCAGCGGAAAUACUGACUGUAGCAGCUGCUGUCUCUCAAGUGCAAAGGGCCCUGGGCCCUCUCAGCACCUGGUGAAAAAAGGUGUUUAUGUGUGUGUAGUCCUAGUCUGAGACUGCUCCAUAUGAAAGAUGUACGGGUGUGUUUCUGUUCAAUAUUUUUGGAGACCUGGACUGAAUUUUUUGAUUCUGAAAUAAAAAUUACAGUUACUUU